CGCCUCCCACAGCCCGAGGCUGCUCCGUGCGGUCUGUGGCUAGGGGCGGACGAGAAGCAGACAGCGCCCCACCCUGUUGCCCACCAGACUGGUCUGGAACUCACUGUGAAAACGACACCAGGCUCCAGCUGGUGGAAAUCCUCCUGCCUCUGCUUCCAAAGUGAUGGGAUUACAGAUGUGACCACUAGCGAGCGGUCUUGAGUUAAAACAGACCUCACAGGCUGCUCUUGUCAUUAGGUUAUUGUCAGUAACGAUUUUUACCGCAUUGAAAACAUCAUCUCAGAUGACCAGAGGAGUGGGUGCACACGUAGCCUUAUUAUGUAUCUCUGCCUGCCCUGGAAUUCGCCAUGUAGACCACACUGACCUCAAACCCAAGGAGAUCUAUCUGUCUGCCUCUCCCUCCCAAGAACUGGAGUCAAAGAUCAGGCAGAGGAGUCAUGUCCGAAGAAACAGUCAGAGAAUCACAAUUCUCCUUGAAGACGGCCGCACUGAGAGUGUUCGACCUCCCUGUGUCUUGGUACUAUUCUCUCUCCCAGAUCAAAUUCUCCCCAGUAGCUAAAAAGUUGUUUGCGGUGACUGCUGUGAGCGCUAUAUCUGUAAUCUUUUUUGCCCAUCACUUUAAAAGAAGACGUGGAAAAAAGAAAGGAAAAGUACUCCCGUGGGAACCAGAGCACCUCAUACUUGAACAGACGAAACGAGCAGCGUCGGACAAAGGUUCAAGUUGUUCCAGCAGUAGACAGAAUUUGACCUUGUCACUGAGUUCUACCAAGGACAAAGGAUCUCAGUCCUGUAACUACGCUAAUGGAGGACUUUUCAGCAAAUACUCGGAUUCUGCCCAGAGCCUAGCCUCUGUCCAGAGUGUCAACUCCUGCCAUAGCUGUGCUUGUGGGAACUCUAACUCGUGGGACAAAGCAGACGAGGAUGACAUGAAGCUUGUCAACAUCCCGGUGACCACCCCAGAGAACUUGUACUUGAUGGGUAUGGAAUUGUUUGAAGAGGCGUUGCGUCGAUGGGAACAAGCGCUGACCUUCCGCAGUAGACAGGCAGAAGAGGAGGCCUGUGGCUCUGUUAAGCUGGGAGCCGGAGAUGCCAUUGCUGAAGAAAGCGUGGACGAUAUAAUUAGCACGGAAUUCAUCCACAAACUUGAAGCUCUGCUGCAGAGGGCCUAUCGUCUGCAGGAGGAGUUUGAAGCGACCCUUGGAGGGUCUGACCCUAACUCCCUUGCAAAUGAUACAGAUAAAGAUCCAGACGUGAGCACCAAGGAGAAUGUGGAUGACUUUGGCCUGCAAGACGCCCUGAGCAGCGAAUCUGCAGAUCUCUUUGCUUCAGCAGCAGAGCUGACGGAGCACAGAGAAGUGCGGCACACCUACAGCCUGGAUUCCUUCUGCCGCUGCCCGUUCUACGAAGAAGCAAUGCAUUUAGUUGAAGAAGGAAAAAUUUACUCCAGAGUACUGAGAACUGAGAUGCUGGAGUGCCUCGGAGACAGCGACUUCCUGGCCAAACUCCACUGUAUUCGGCAGGCUUUUCAGGUGAUUCUCUCAGAAGCAGCCAACAGGAUAUUCCUGGCUGAGAGUGGAAGGAAGAUUUUAUCAGCUUUAAUUGUGAAAGCACGGAAGAAUCCAAAGAAAUUUGAAGAUGUUUUUGAUGAAAUGAUCUAUUUUUUAGAGCAGACUGACCACUGGGAUAGUACUGAGAUGGAACUUGCUGCCAGAGGGGUGAAAAAUAUAAAUUUUUAUGAUGUGGUUCUGGAUUUUAUUUUAAUGGAUUCCUUUGAAGAUUUAGAAAACCCACCAACAUCCAUACAGAAUGUAGUGAACAAUCGCUGGCUCAACUCCUCCUUCAAAGAAACUGCUGUGGCUUCAAGUUGCUGGUCGGUGCUGAAACAGAAAAGGCAGCAGAUGAAGAUCUCAGAUGGAUUUUUUGCCCAUUUUUAUGCCAUUUGUGAGCAUGUAAGCCCUGUGUUAGCCUGGGGCUUCUUGGGCCCUAGGAAUUCUCUGUAUGACUUGUGUUGCUUCUUUAAGAAUCAAGUUCUUUUCUUUCUCAAAGACAUCUUUGACUUUGAGAAGGUGCGCUAUUCGAGCAUAGACGCCUUGGCAGAGGACCUCAUGCACUUGCUCAUCCGCCGCACAGAACUGCUAGUUGCCUGUCUGGGCGCGGACACCCUAAGGCAUGCCACCGCCUGUACUAGUGGACACCACCAUGCUGUGCCCACCCCGCUGUUAGAAGCCAAAGUACAAUGAGUACCAGAAGAGGUGUGAGCGCUGUCUGGUUGUGAGGUGUGCCUCAGGAGCCACAGAAUUGACGCUGCGGACUCAAGGAGGGAGAAAGUCUCAAAGAAUGGGUGUUGCACUGUACUUCUGCAGAAAUUCUGUCAUUGAACCCAUGUGCGAUAUGUCCAGGGCGACUCUUUUCAUAAUCUUAGGUAAUAAUUUGAGUUGUGAAACGUUGCAUAAUUUGUGUCUGUUGCUUGAACUGCAGCCAGUACAUAGGGGUUCAUUAAUUGUCUCCACACUGUCUGGAAUGUCCAGUGUCGCUCUCAAAAUAUGCCUCAAUGCUUUGCACCCUGAAAAUACACUAGCCCAAGAGCACUGUGGUUCACGUGUGCAGGAGUUUAUGACUUCUAGAGUCAACAUAUCUAACUUUGCCUGAAGCGUGUUCUUACUUCACUAAACUGUUACUUCUUAGUUUAGUCAAAUGUAGACAAUCGUGGUGUUUAGCUGUGCUGUUUGCCUUAUUGCUUGUAUAUUUGCUUUGUAUUUGAAUCAAAGGAAUUGUAAGCACCAGGGAUUGGUGUACAGAACUAAAAUGGAGGAGGCCGGAAGUCCAGAGACUGCAGCUUGUGGAGGACCCACUGCUGUCUGCCGAGGUGUGAUACCCCCAAGGGGUUUUAUCUUUUUAUAAAUUGGUGAAUAUUAGAUUUAAAAAUAUAAUCUAUUUACAAAGAAAAAAUAAAUAAUAUCCUCUUUUAAAUGAAACUAUGAACUUAAGGUGUUAAACCUAGUAGAAUCAAAUAACUUCUUUCUCUGUCCACAAAACAAACCUAAUUCCCCCAGAGAGAGCGCAGCACCCUGGUGCCCAAGAUUUAAAAAUACUAGUUCUCUGAGCUUGUGUUUUAAAGGCCUUUUCCUCUCAGAAAUUGAACACAAAUAUUUUAAAUGAUAUGGGAAUAUAUUUUGUCUCCUUAAGAUAAACAUAUGAGGGGCUGGAGAGAUGGCUCAGUGGUUAAGAGCACUGGCUGCUCUUCCAGAGGUUCUGAGUUCAAUUCCCAGCAACCACAUGGUGGCUCACAACCAUCUGUAAUGAGAUCUGGCGUCCUCUUCUGGUGUACGGGCAUACAUGGAGGCAGAAUGUUGUAUACAUAAGAAAUAAAUAAAUAAAUCUUUAAAAAAAAAGAUAAACAUAUGAACAAGUGGCAAAUCAUAUUACAUAUUUUCAAGCCUCAUGAAUUUUGCUGUGAGAUCAUGUCCCACUUGCUCAUUGGAUCAGUCUGUUGACUUGAAGUCCUAGAGUGGACUGCGUUCGUUUUCAGAGUGAGUUAUACAGAAAGAUCUGAAAUGCGUUCUUUAAAAUGCAUUUUUAGAUUAAAGUGCCUAGAUUAAGGUUAAUGAUAAGAAAAGAUAAAAAAAUAAGUUUAACUUUUUUAAGCCUUUAUAUAUCCAUGAUAGUUAUGUACAGUAAUCCUAAGUUGUAAAGUGUUGGCUUGUGCCAUUAGCGUGUCUAGGCUUUCAGCGCCUUGCCGCCUUCUGCAUCACUUUUUACUCCCCUAAUUACCUGUUUGUGAUUCUCACCAAUGACGAGUACCAAGUGCAUUCUGCCCUGCUUCCCUUUGUACGUACUCUAGCUGUAUCUACCUUCCGAGAUGUCAGCAGAUGCAAGUGACCCCGUGCGCGUGCCUACACAUGCCGGUUGCCACAUAAGCAAGACAGUUAUGGAUUGUAUUAGUUAGCUCACUGGAGAGCUAGAUGUUUUAUACCGUGAGAUAAUCGUGGGCCAUGGCCUUUCCUAAAAGCGUUUGAUUUCUCCCUGCUUUUAAAUUUCAUUUAAAAACAAUAAAUUGCCCAUCUUCAAGAAGGGCUUGGUUUGGCUGGGAGGCGGUAGUGCACACCUUUAACCCCAGCACUCAGGAGGUAGAGGCAGAUGGUCUUUGUGAGUUUGAGGCCAGCCAGGACUACACAGAGAAAUCCUGUCUCAAAAAAAUGAAAAGAAAGAAAGGGUUGGUUUGUCCAACUGAAGUACUUAAAUUUGAUUAGUUUCUGGUGAGCUAAUUAACCGGCACACUCACUAGAUACUUUCUUUGUGGCCUUUGACAAAAGAGAUAAUAAUGACCUAGAAAGAUUUGGGGGUAAUAAAUAUAGAAGAAAACUCUUUUGGGGGAUCAGGGUUGGGGGGUGGGGUAACUUUUUAAAGGAAAAUGUCUUUUUAAACAACAUCUCUGACUUGACUGUUGAAAAUACUUAAGAUACACACUAGUUUUCAUUUGCCUUAAAAUUAAACAGAGUAGCAAUGCUUUACAAAAUAAAAAUAAAACAAAAGACCAGACUAAGCUAGAGCCUGGGGCAGGGGCAGUUAGUGGGACUCAUGGCAUUAACUGAAGGUCGCCUGCCGUAGCCUCCUCAUGCUGGGUGUAAGAGGACAGAGUUAAUCCGAAGAAAAAUCUUCCAGAGAAAAAGGGGAAAUAUUCAGUUGAUUUAUUUUUCCUUUGUUUCUCUUUGUUCUUGUUCAGCUAAAAGGGUUAUCCUUCCUUACCGGAGGUUAAAACUAUGUUCAAGAAAGCUUUCUCUUCUGUUAAAGUCGUCUCCAAAGACCUGUGUCUGUCUGCUGGAGGAAUACUUACCGUUUGUAUCUGUCCACUGUGAUUAUUGACCUGUUGAGUUAACUGGGUAUAAAAAUGUAUUUACAAAUGUCUCCUUGCUUUAAGAUGAGUGUUUCUUCCUUCAGUCCCCGCAGUUAGCCUAGGGCUGAGAGCAGCAAAGCUGACAAAGUGGAGGUGAGCACCCGUGACCUGUCGCGAUACCCGUGACCUGUCGCGAUACCCGUGACCUGUCGCGAUACCCGUGACCUGUCGCGAUACCCGUGACCUGUCGCGAUCAGAGCUGUAAGUUAUGUUCAGAACUCGUUUUUACCUUUAAUGUGAACAUGGAUUCAGAAAUUAAUUGAACUGUAAUUUCAAACUGACUAUAAGGAUUAGACUAAGUUGAAAUCUAUAAAUUUUUUAACCAACAAAUAUGUAUGAGAGACAUAAGAGUUUAUAUAACCUGCGGUAAAUGGACAUAUAAAACACUUGGUUCCUAAUGAUGCCUGGCUGAUGUCAGCACAUCUGUUUCUUAGUGUAGGAACUGGACUCAUUCGUUUGUGUAAGAGUAAACCACCGCCGGAGCAGCCAGCAGCACUGGCCCCAUGCAGGCGCUAGGAUGGGCAUGUCUUUGUUCUGGCCAGUAAAAAAGUGACGGUGUCUUGGUGACGCGCUAGCUGCCUUAAGUAACGUUUGAUACAACUGUGAGGCCACUGUGGCCUCGGUAGGCUGCACUUUGACAUAGGCCACAUCUGGAGGCCGAAACAGAGGACUCUGGAUGCACUGAGAUCAAGUGUAACAUAUUACCAAAUAUCUGUAUGUGCUAAUGUGGAAAUAAAGUAGUAUUGCCAUGAA